AGUACGGUAGUGUGCGGAUGGGAACGCGGCCCGUGUAACUGUAAAGCUGCGCACAGAGCUGAGGACAGGGUUCAGUUCUAUCUCUCCGGUUUGUUAAAGCGUGUGUUAGUGUGUUUACCUCAGCGGGGUAUAUGCAGGUGAGGUGGGCGUUGUAUACGGUUCUAACUGCACUGCGCUCCCCAGAUUCACUCAGACGAUUCGCACCCAGACAGAUUCACUUCACCAGACGGUUCAAGGCGAUGGAAACAGAGGGCGUGUCCCCUGACAGUGCAGCAGGGUGUGGUCUGAGACCCGGAGAGACGGUGGACAUGUCCCCUGACAGUGCAGCAGGGUGUGGUCUGAGACCCGGAGAGACGGUGGGCGUGUCCCCUGACAGUGCGGCAGGGUGUGGUCUGAGACCCGGAGAGACAGUGGACGUGUCCCCUGACAGUGCGGCAGGGUGUGGUCUGAGACCUGGAGAGACGGUGGGCGUGUCCCCUGACAGUGCGGCAGGGUGUGGUCUGAGACCCGGAGAGACGGUGGUGAAGGAGGGGAAGGCGUCUGUCUUGUUUCCUGGCGCUAACCAGGUUUUCUACAACCCAGUCCAGGAGUUUAACAGAGAUCUAACGUGUGCAGUGAUGACGGAGUUUACGCGAGAGACGCUGGCUCAGAGAGGAGUGCGCAUCAUCGUCCCUGGAGAGAAGGACAGAGUGGUGGUGUCCCUGACAGAGGAGGAGGAGAAGAACGGGAAAGAGACAGAACAGGCCGAGGAGAACAGAGGCGAGAGAAAGGGAGAAACGGUGCAGGAAGAGAGAAAGGAGGUGGAGUUUAAGACUGCAGCGGUUGGGGAGCGCUGUGAGGAGGGGCUGUGUGUGCUGGAGGGAUUGGCUGCUUCAGGUCUCCGCUCAAUCCGAUUCGCUCUUGAGGUGCCGGGACUAAAACGGGUCACAGCCAAUGACUUCUCGGCCAAAGCUGCUGACCUCAUCACACGCAACACACACCACAACAAUGUCGCACACCUGAUGGAGACGCAGAACAGAGACGCCAGCAUACUGAUGUACGAAGCGAGAGGGAAGAACGCACGAUAUGAUGUCAUCGAUCUGGAUCCAUAUGGAAGCCCUGCCCCUUUCCUGGAUGCUGCAGUUCAGGCUGUUAGUGAAGGAGGUCUCCUGUGUAUCACUUGUACGGACAUGGCCGUGAUGGCAGGAAACAGCGGAGAGACGUGCUACAGCAAAUACGGCUCCGUCUCCGUCAAAUCCAAAUACUGCCACGAGAUGGCCCUGAGGAUAAUCUUGCACAGUCUGGAUCAGCGUGCUAACGUGUAUCAGCGCUACAUCCAGCCCUUACUGAGCGUCAGUGUCGACUUCUACAUCCGAGUGUUCGUCCGGGUCAGAACGGGUCAGGCUACUGUCAAGAACUCAGCCAGCAAGCAGGCAUUGGUGUAUAACUGUGUUGGCUGUGGAGCGUUUCACCUGCAGAGAAUGGGCAAGAAAACAAGUCAGGGGAAAAAUAUGAAGUACUCAGCUGCUACAGGACCUCCUGUUGGAGAAUUGUGUCCACACUGUGGUCAGAGACAUCAGCUUGGAGGUCCGAUCUGGGCAGAGCCGAUCCACGAUGUUGGGUUUGUUCAGAAAGUUCUGAGAGCGGUUUCGGGAAACCCAUCUCGCUUCGGUACGUCCAAACGCAUCGAGGGAGUUCUCAGCAUGGUGACUGAGGAGCUUCAGGAUGUUCCUCUGUACUAUGUCCUGGAUCAACUGAGCAGCACCAUCCACUGUAACACACCCUCCAUGCUGCAGUUCAGGUCAGCGGUGUUGAAUGCAGGUUACAGAGUAUCUCUGUCUCACGCAUGUAAGAAUGCAGUGAAGACCAACGCUCCUGCUGCAGUCUUGUGGGACAUCAUGCGUUGCUGGGAGAAGAAGAACCCGGUGAAGAGGGAGAGGUUAUCAGAGACGAGUCCAGCGUACCGUAUUCUCUCCACAGAACCCACUGUUCAGGCGUGUUUUGACGUGAGGGACGAUGCGAAUCCUCAGUCACGUAAACGUCACCUAACGCGCUUCCAGGAGAAUCCACAGGCUAACUGGGGUCCUAAAGCUCGCGCCAACUCCGGAGGUGGCAUCUCCUCUGAUCUGGAGGACAAGAGGAAGAAGUUUCAGGGCAAAAGGAAGAACCAGAUCACAGAUUCCUCUCAGCUCAAAAGCCUCCCCUGCAAGAAAUUCCGCAAGGGAACCUGUACAUAUGGAGAGCAGUGUUGUUACUCCCAUGAUGCCGAGCAGCAGGAGCCUGGAGCAGGAGCGCGGAUGCCAUGAUGAUAGCUGUACUUAAUGUUUACAGUGAUGUGUAUCAGAGCACCUGAGCUGGUCACAUGGUGAUGUAGUGGAAAGCUGAUUGGUUAGUGAGAGUGAGAGGAGUGCUAGGUCCUAAAGGAAGUUAUUUUUGUUGUUGUUUUUAUGGUUUUUUUUAUUACGAGAUGAAGUGUUAAAAGCUGAGAGAGGACAGAGUAAAUCUCCCUUGUUUGUGUUCCGCUCCUUCACUCCGCCAUCACCGUGCAGCUGGAGUUGUGGGAUAUUAUUUUACUGUAUUGUUUUAUUUUUGCCUGGUGAUUAAACUCUCAGCGAACAAUAAGGAACGCUCUUAUUUUAAUCUACACUCAGAGCUGCUUUAUAAUUCUAGUAUUAUAAUAAAGAGAUGAUUUCAUGUGA